UUAGAGUGUCCACGGCUCUCGGGUGGGCAUUCUGCUCAUGCAAACAAUGAUGCAUCUGCGAGGCUUGGCGCGGAACCGGUCCGAACUGAGCUGUUUCCUUCCCUGUGUGCCCGCUGUUUAAAAAGCAAACACAAACUUUUUGCGCAGCUCCUUGGAGAAGCUGCCGCCUCCCCAGCCCACCCAUGGCGGAUGAGAUUGAUUUCACUACCGGCGAUGCCGGGGCUUCCAGCACGUACCCUAUGCAGUGCUCGGCCCUGCGCAAGAACGGCUUCGUGGUGCUCAAGGGACGACCGUGCAAAAUAGUCGAGAUGUCGACUUCCAAAACUGGGAAGCACGGCCAUGCCAAGGUUCACCUUGUUGGAAUUGAUAUUUUCACGGGCAAAAAAUAUGAAGAUAUUUGCCCUUCUACUCACAAUAUGGAUGUUCCAAAUAUUAAGAGAAAUGACUAUCAACUGAUAUGCAUUCAGGAUGGUUACCUUUCCUUGCUGACAGAAACUGGUGAAGUUCGUGAGGAUCUAAAGCUGCCAGAAGGUGAACUAGGCAAAGAAAUAGAAGGAAAAUACAAUGCAGGUGAAGAUGUACAGGUGUCUGUCAUGUGUGCAAUGAGUGAAGAAUAUGCUGUAGCCAUAAAGCCCUGCAAAUAAAUGGGAGCAUCAGGCAUGACAAACUGUUUAGGUCUGGAUCAGCUACAGAUCUCAAGUUUGGUUCUAAGUUGUCACCAAAGCUAUGGCCUUCAGAAGCAACCUCA